AUGCGUGCUCGCAUACCCUCUGGGUUCAAGCAAGUGCCAUCCGAGGUAUACAGCGCGGUCUUCCAACAGAUCGGCGGCACGGGCACGAGGAAGACAUUUGACAACAAGAUGAGCCGGUCUCGCAAACUUGCGAGGGUUUUUAACGACAAGUGCAGAGGUCUUUUGCUUUUCGUUUGCUUCGACAACGAUGGCCCUUCGACUAUCUCGGCUUUUACGAAGAUGACUGAUGACGAUGUUGCGGAACUUCACAUGGCUAUUGACAACGACCAACGGGCAGGUGCGCUAGCCCGCUUCGGCAAUAAGUUCUUGGGCUGUAUUUUGGAAAACACUGCUUUCCAUAACGGAGUUUGGGGGGAUCGUCCUUACCGACAACUGGAAGAGAUGGCCGACGAGAGAGUUGUUGAAUUACAGGGUCACGAUACCAACGGUGCAUUACAGCGUUUAUUAGUUGGAUGGAGGGGCAAAAACGCAAUGAUCCGGAUCAGAAUCAAGAAAACCCUCAAGGAUAUGGGGGUCACCGAGCUGAUGUACGUCAGCAGGAAUGGGAUCGAGUGCAGGGGACAACAGGCCCGGGCUAGGGACCCGGAGGACUCAGACCUGGAGGAGGAACUACCAAUCGUGGAGGUCGGAAAGCUGGAAUAA